AUGGACGAUGGAGCUCAGGUUGAUGCUGUAUACACCGACAAAAAGGCUGCUUUCGACACCGUGAACCACGAUAUUCUUCUUGCCCAGCUACUUCGACUAGGCGUUUCCAGCAGAGUAUAUUUGAAUGAAGAUUCGGAGGAGGUUUCGGAGGAAGAUUUUAAGAAAGAUCUGGAGGAAGAUAUGGAGAAAUAUUGGGAGAAAGAGGAAGAUUUGGACGAAAAGGACGAUUUGAAGGAAGAUUUGAAGGAAAAUUUGAAGGAAGAUUUGAAGGAUGAUUUGGAGGAAGAUUUGGAGAAAGAUUUGGGCGAAGAUUUUGAGGGAGAUUUGGACGAAGAUUUAAAAGAAGAUAGGUUAGAGGAGGAUUUAGAUGAAGAUUUAAAGGAAUAUUUUGAGGAAGAUUUGAACGAAGAUUUGUUGGAAGAUUUGGAGGAAGAUUUGGAGGAAGAUUUGGAGGAAGAUUUGGAGGAAGAUUUGGAGGAAGAUUUGGAGGAAGAUUUUGCGGAUGAUUUGAAGGAAAAUUUGAAGGAAGAUUUGAAGGAAGAUUUGAAGGAAGAUUUGAAGGAAAAUUUGAAGAAAGAUUUGGACGAAGAUUUGGAGGAAGAUUUGGACGAAGAUUUAGAGAAAGAUAGAUAG